AAUGUAAUUACGUAUUGGUUAGUUUAUAACCAAUUUAAAUUUGAUAGUGUCAAGUGAUUUUUUGUGUUUAAAUAAUUUGAUAUAGUAAAUAAUAAUGAUGCAAGAAAAUUCACGCGUAUCUCCACGAGUUUUUACUGCAAUACAAAAUGUAGACAUACCAGUAUUAGCUAUGUGUUCUCAUAAGGAGAUUCGACCAAUUUUACCAUGUCUGGUACGAAUGAGUCUUAUUUCUCCUUUAGACGUAACGAAAGAAUGUGUAGAACAAAGGAAACAAGUUUUAACAAUUUUGUCUGGAAUAGAAUCAGUAAAUUCAAUAAUUGCACUGCUUUCGAUUGAUUUUCAUGCAUUAGAAACUGAUGUUCGCAAAGAACAACAAUUAAGGCAAAAGAUGGGAAGUUUACAGCGAGAUAGUGUGCUUACUCAGUCAUUACAAAGUGGCCUUGCUUUAGAAUUUGAGCGCAGCGAGUCUACUAGAAGAAUAAGAUUAGUACUAAGCGAACUAUUAUACAUAGCUUCUCAAGUACAAGAGCAACAGAAGAACCAGGAAUUCCACAUUAAACAGUCUGAUUUGUUUGACAAUGCAGUAUACAUGGAAGAAAUUAGCUAUGUGAUUUGUGUUGCUCUAUCAGAAUUACCUACAGUGUUGUCAAUAUUGGACAUUACAGAAACAUUAUUACAUGUUAAACAUGGCCCAGAAAUAAUUUGUUGGAUUGUUGCUAAUAUACCUGAUAGUUUCUCUGAAGUUUGUGCACAUCUAAUUGCAAAUGGAGAAAGACAAGAAGAAUCAGCAUUAGGUAGAAUCCGGACAAUGGCUUUGACAAUGUUGUGUCAAAUGAAUCCCAGUCAAGCAUUAGCAGUUCGAGCCAAGUGUGUUGAACUCUGCAGAAUGCCUGCUUUAGCAAUAACGUUAAGUUUAGAACAUGAAAACAUAAAUAACACAAUAUCAGAAAGUGAUGUAGUUGCCUUUGUUUCUGGAUUAUUACUUGGGAGUGAUCAACAAGUAAGAACAUGGAUUGCAAUGUUCAUUAGAAAUGGUCAAAAACGUAAAUGGGAAUCUCAUACAGCAUUGCAAUCCUUAAGGGAAGAAUUACUUAAACGAUUACAAGCAAUCACCUCACAAAAUGCAGGUCAACUCCCAGAAAGUCAAGUUGUUCAAGCUAGCGCAUUAUUACGUCUUUAUUGUGCAUUAAGAGGCAUUGGAGGUAUUAAAUUUCAGGAUGAUGAAGUUACAAUGAUUGUACAGUUGUUAACAUCUCAUCCUCCUCCUUCACCAGCUGGAGUGAGAUUUGUUUCUUUGGGUCUCUGCAUGCUUAUUGCAUGUUCUUCAUUAAUAGGUCAUCACAAUCUUGAAAAACGAAGUAUAGAAUGGGUACAGUGGCUUGUUCGCGAAGAAGCUUAUUUUGAAAGUGCUAGUGGUGUAACAGCAAGUUUUGGAGAAAUGUUACUUUUAAUGGCAAUACAUUUUCAUAGCAAUCAAUUAUCAGCUAUUUGUGAACUUGUUUGUGCAACUUUAGGUAUGAAAAUACCAAUUAGACCAAACAAUUUGACUAGAAUGAAACAAAUUUUUAUGCAAGAAAUAUUUACGGAGCAGGUAGUUACUGCUCAUGCUGUAAAAGUGCCAGUAACAGCUAAUUUAAACGCAAACAUCCCAGGAUUUUUACCUGUACAUUGUAUUCAUCAAUUAUUAAAGUCACGAGCAUUUGCUAAACAUCGUGUACCAAUAAAAAAUUGGAUUUACAAGCAAAUUUGUAACAGUGUGCCACCAUUGCAUCCAGUUCUACCUGCAUUAGUUGAAGUAUAUGUUAAUUCAAUUUUAGUUAUAAACAAUAAAACAUCAGAACAUACUAAUAAACCAAUUACAGAAGAUGAAAUUAGAAGAGUAUUUCAGAAUAGUGUCUUUGGUGCAAAUUUUGACUUUAAGAAGAAUAAUAGUAUUCCUCAAAGUGAUAUGGAUAGUACAGAUAUUGAUAUUCCGAAACCCUCUCUUACAUCACAACUAUUAUUAUUGUAUUAUUUACUAUUGUAUGAAGAUGUCAGAUUAUCUAACAUGCACACUUUUAUAUCACAAGAUAGAAAAGUUAAAUCAUAUUCAACAGAAUUUUUAUCAGAAUUGCCAAUUAAGUAUCUACUUCAGUUGGUUCAAAGAGAUCAAAUGAAUUAUGCUGGAUUAUUUUCCCCUCUUCUUAGACUGUUGGCAACUCAUUUUCCGCACCUGUCAUUAGUAGAUGAUUGGCUUGAUAAUGAAGUAAUUAAUAUAGAUUCCACAAUUACAAAUUAUGAAGAUGUAAAAGUUACUGAUAUCAUGAUUAUCGAAACAUUUUCACAUAUUCAAACAUGUCCUUCAAGAACAGGAAGACUUUUAAGACAAUUAAUGUCUAUGAAACCUACAGAUAUUUGGCCACAUGCUGAAGUCAUAAUUCAUUAUUUUAAAGCAACUUUGAGUCCGAGAGUUCCUAGAUAUAUUCAAGAAUUAUACAAACAAGUAUGGCUUAGGCUUAACACAGUUUUACCCAGAUGUUUAUGGGUUUUAUCAAUAAAUGCAUUGUUAAUAGAGAAUUCUUUAGUGAAAAAUGUUUUCUUAACACAAGAAAAUAUUGUAUUAGAUCCAUUACAAGUAUUGAGGUGUGAUACAAGAGUUUUUAGAUGUGCUCCAAUUUUAUCGGUCAUUUUAAGAAUUUUACAAGCUGCGUUAGCAGCUUCUCGAUCUCAGUUAUCUCGACAUAUACAAGAUAAACCAUUAACUGAGAAAGUUGGUCAACUGUCAAGUGAAACUGAAAGGGAAGAUCUAAGAACUGCUUUAGUCGCAGGUCAAGAAAGUGCGGCUGUUCAAAUAUUAUUAGAAGCAUGUUUAGAAACAGAAGAAGAUAGAGAAACACCUGGACAAAUGUGGUCAUUAAGAGAAAUUCAAAGCAUUAUCUGCUCAUAUUUACAUCAAGUUUUCAUAGCAGAUCCAUCUUUAGCUAAAUUGGUUCAUUUUCAAGGAUAUCCAAGAGAAUUAUUACCCAUUACGGUUACUGGUAUUCCAUCAAUGCACAUUUGUCUUGACUGGAUUCCUGAAUUAUUGUCACAGCCAGAACCAGAAAAACAAAUCUUUGCUGUAGAUUUGGCUUCACAUCUUGCAAUUCAAUAUGCUCUACCAAAAGCUUUAAGCGUUUCUCGUUUAGCAAUUAAUACUUUAAUAACCCUUUUGGGAGUAUUGUCUGCAAAAGACAGAGUAAUAUUAUUUAUGCCAGUACUACCAGCAUUGACCCGUAUAUGUUUAGCUUUUCCACCACUAGCUGAAGAUACAACUGGUUUAUUGUUACAACUUGGUAGAGUUAAUUCUGCACAAGCAGCACUAGGGGAUAAAUCUGCAGAUAUUUUAUGUCAAGAAGUUAAUGAAACUUUUUGUAUGUUAUUACAAAAAGCUAUAUUACAAUCUCAAGUAUACUGAAAUACUAUCUUAGUUUUAUAUUAAUGAUAAACUAAAUGUUUUGUACAAUCCUGUCACAAUGAAACAUAAGUUACUUUAACUGUAUAAAUGCUGAAUUUCUUAAUUUCGAUAUGUAUACAACUACAAUAUUAAGAUGUUUUGUAAUAUAUUUAGAAUUAAAUUAGUAUAAUAAUAAGCAAUUUUGUAUAAUCGUUCUACUGAAUAGUUAUAAAAAAAAGGGGAGGGAAAGAGGAGAUUGAAGGUAAAAUGAAUAUUAUUUAUUGAGCUAAGAAAAAUAUUACUACAUUAUUAUAUCAUGUACUAUAAAAUAAUAGAAAAUUUAUGACUGAUUGUUAUUAAAUUAAGUGCCUCUUGUUAAUGUAUUUAUUUUCUGUAUAAACUGUUAAGUUGAUUAUAUUUAGCAUUUUAUGAAUAAGACU